UUCUUGAUUUUGACAGAUAAGGCUCCUCCUACUGCACAGUCAUGAUGAUGCUCCUCCCACAACAAUCACACCUUCAGUGAAGCUCCUCCUACUGCAGUUCAGCAAUAAAUGCUGGAAUAUUCCCAUCAGUCUACAAGUGAAGAUGAGCAUCAGAGCAUCAGGAAGAAGUGAAAUCUGCAGAGACAGAGUUUAUUGAAGGACAGAGAGAACAUGAGAGAUCCAGAACCCUGCAGAAUGAAACACACUGAAGAACAAACAGAGUUGAUUGAAGAAAACGAGGAGAAAGAAGAACUGAAUAAAGAGGAGAAACAUCAUAUCAAAACUGGAGAAAGUCACUCUCAAACCAAACAGAAAAAUUUAAAGAAAAGAACAGACGAGAAAUCUUUCACCUGCACUCAGUGUGGAAAGAGUUUCACAUACAAACAGAGUCUCAAUGUUCACAUGAGGAUCCACACUGGAGAGAAACCGUUCACAUGUGAUCAGUGCGGGAAGAGUUUCACACGAUCAGCAACCCUUAAGGAACACAUGAGCAUCCACACUGGAGAGAAACUGCAUGAAUGUGAUCAAUGUGGAAAAACAUUUUUGUGGGUUUCAAACUUGAAUAGACACCUGAAAAUACAUUCAAAAGAGAAACUACAUUCAUGUUCUUUAUGUGGGAAGAGUUUUUCAGAUUUGCCGAGUUUAAAAGUACAUCAGAAGAGACACACUGGUGUGAGAGAUCAUAUGUGCUUUGAGUGUGAGAAGACUUUUAUUACAUAUGACGAUUUGAAACGGCACCAGAGGAUCCACACUGGAGAGAAACCUUACAAGUGUUCACACUGCGACAAGAGAUUCAGUCGGUCAGAAACCCUGAAAACACAUGAGAGGAUCCACACUGGACAGAAACCGUUCACAUGUGAUCAGUGUGGAAAGAGUUUCAGACAACAAGGACACCUUAAAGAGCACAUGAACAUCCACACUGGAGAGAAACCUUACAGUUUCAACUGUGAGAUUCAGAUCGACUCAAAGAUGUAGUUCAAGUAGUUAUUCUUCCAUUUAUGAUGUAUUUAGAAAAUGCUGAUGAAA